AUGUCUUUUGUUGCGGUCGGGGCAUGUUAUGUUGAUACAAUCUUAACAACCUCCCAUUAUCCAGGCGAAGAUGAGAAGCUACGGGCUUCCAGUGUCUCACGUCGGCGUGGGGGGAAUUGUCCCAAUAGUCUCGAGGUCCUCCAGCAGUUGACGGGACAAGAUGCGUUAACAACGGGAACAUCGUUAAAUCUUGUUGCUGUGCUGCCAGCGAAAUCAUCCGUUGCUUCUCAGCAGAUCCGGUCAGCGUUUGAACCCCGUGUUGGGCUUCAACAUUGUAUCUACAGAGAGGAGUUCAGUGAACCCGCUUCGAGCUACAUCAUCAAAAGCCUGUCUUCCGGUAGCAGGACGAUUGUGAAUUAUAACAAGCUACCGGAAAUGACGGUGGAUGAAUUUGCUCGUAUUGCAGAUGUUGUAGGACCAAAGACUGGAUGGUUCCAUUUUGAGGGUCGUAUACCCGAUGUGAUUCUCGCUUGUAUCUAUUAUCUCAGAAAAUGCUACCCAUCGGUCCGAGUCAGCGUUGAGGUAGAGAAGCCAGGGAGACCAGGCUUACAAGAGCUGGCAGCAGAAGCUGAUGCAGUCUUUUACUCUAAAAGCUGGGCUCAGGGGAACAGAUAUGGGUCGGCUGAAGAAUGCCUUCGAACACAGUCCUUACUCACACGCAACGCGUCAUUGCUCUUCUGUACAUGGGGACAGGACGGUGCUGUUGCUCUAGAGACCAGGACUGGUAGCCUUGUUCAUAGCCCAGCAUAUACGACGGAGGAUUUCAAAGUCGUCGACCCUAUCGGAGCUGGUGACACAUUCAUAGCAGGCAUGCUAUAUGCACUGAUAUGUCGGGAUGACUGGGAUAUUUCACAGAAACUGAAGUUCUCGAAUAGGGUAGCAGGAAUGAAAGUUGCACAAGAAGGCUUCUCAAAUCUUGGAAGGGCUUUAGAAUUACCUUAA